AUGGCCGAAAUAUCAGACGAAGCGACAACAGCGGGAGCGAUUGAGUCCGACAACCACGAUAAGACCUCAGACGACACACCGAACAAGUUCCAGCAAGCAAUAUCAGCAUGGCGACACCUCUCCUUCUCCACCCUCAUCACCACCCUCGACACCACCGCCUCGGACCUCGUAGCCGCACAACAAGCCUCGCUCACCCGACGCAAGGACCUGGCGCAGAAGACCAAGGACUUCCGCAAGCUCGACGAUCCCUCGAAACUGGGAGAGAUCAAGGAUCUAUUGAAAGCAUAUCAGGGCUAUGUUGAUCUCUUGACUAAGCAAAGCCAGAGUGUACAGGCGGCGUUCAUGAAAGUGUAUGAUCCUCUAAGCGAUGUACCCGAUCCUUACCCUUUGCUUGAAGCGAGUGUCGAGGCGCUAGUGACAGCGGAUGAAGUCGUGCCGAGAUUGGAAGGAGAGAAUGAGACACUCAAGAAGCAAGUCGUGACGCUGGAAGGAGUGCUGGAGGAGUCGGAAGGCGCGUUGGGGGUAGAGCGGGUGAAGAGGAUGCAGCUAGAAAGUGAGAAGGAUGAAGGUGUGCGGGAGGCACAGGGGAAGUGGGAGAGGAUAGUGAAGGAGCAGGAGGAGAAUUGGGCAGCCAAGGAGGCAGGUUUGGAGAGUAAGGUGGAGGGACUAGAAGGUCUGGUGAGAGAGUUGAAGGCUGGACAUGAGGUUGAGAUGAGGCUAGGAAGAUCUGGAGCGGACGAUGGAACUUCAGCUCAAGGUACUGCUACGCAAGCGGAAUUGGAUAUAGCGAGCUCCGAGCUGGAACGGACGAAUGUACGACUCGUAGAUCUGGAAGCGCGGAAUGAGACACUGAGAGCAGAGCUGGCGCAGUCGGUAGGUCAAUCGCAAAGUUCUGGGAGAAGUGGUACUGUGGAAGAUGAGCCGGCAUUCUUGCGACUGAGGACGGAGAACCAGUCUCUACUACGGAAACUCGAUUCUGCGCGGUCGGAUAAGGAGAGUGAGAAGGGCGGUGUUGAAGCGAAACUUCGAAGUCUGGAAAGAGAGAUCAAUGGCCUCAAGAUCGAUCGCGAUAGCUUAAAAGCCAAGGUGAAGAAGUGGAGUGACUAUGAGGAGGUGAAGAGAGAAUUAGAGAUGCUUCGCGCCGUCGAAUUCGCAGGCGCAGAAGACGAUGAGGACGAGGGAGAAUCAAACCACACGAACGGUAGCGCCAAGGAAGGUACCCUCGAGCACCUGCUCAUCACGCGGAACAGGAAGCUUAGCAACGAUCUGACCGAACUGCGCGUAUCUCACAACGAGCUGUUGCAACGGCUGGAGAUCUUACAGGAACAAACCUCAGAAGCGAACAUGGAGCUCGAACGAACACGGAAUCUCAACGCCACACUGGAGAACCACUUACUGAAAACCCAGCGAGAAGCGAGUAGUGCGUUUGAGACCAUGUCAGUGGCCGGGACAUACACCUCACGAUAUCCGAAAUCUGCAUACGGUAGCCGAAGAGGCGGUGGCGCAUCACCUACGAGCUCCAUUAUCGGCGGGUUUGACCCGUCUGCCUCCAUCUCAGGUGGCACAAACUCACCACGAGGUGGAGGUGGGCUAGAAGCUCUCCGCGCUGGCGAAGCCUCCGCAGCCGGCGGUAGCGGUAUCCUACCCAUGGUAACAGCGCAACGUGACCGCUUCAAGAAGAAGAUAGGAGAAGUGGAGCAAGAACUACAGAAACAAUACCAGACCGUCUCUGCACUCCGCUCCGAAGUGGCCAGUCUGCAGAAGGAUAAUUUAGACCUCUACGAGAAGACGCGAUACGUCUCUAGCUACGCAGGCUCGCACCAAAGGACGGGCGUGGGUAGCGGGGUGGCUUAUGGUGGGAAUCCGAAUCCUUCUACCAUAGCAGUCGGAGAAGGCACUGGAACUAGUGAGAGAUAUAGGAGUGCUUAUGAGCAGAAUUUGAGCCCCUUUGCCGCGUUCAGGGGACGGGAGAGCGCUCGAGCGAUGAAGAGGAUGUCCCUCCCUGAACGAGCCGUUUUUCAACUUUCGAGAAUAGUCCUCGCCACGCGCACGAGUCGGAAUCUGUUCGCGCUUUACUGUCUUGGUCUGCACUUGCUUGUCUUGAUUAUGUUGUUCUGGAUGGGAACGGCUGAUGCGGAGGUCCACGGGAGUCAUCUUGGUGCGAGUGCAGCAGCAGGUGCGGCAGCGGCCGUGAAAGGAGCAGCUGAUCAUGGGGACUGGAAGGCUGAAGGAUUUCAGGGUGGUACGUGA